AUGGGUGUGCUUCGUCGGAACUACAUUGUGCGGGAGCCCGCCCCCGAGUUCUCUCCAAAGAAACAUCGAGUUUCAAACACUUUGAAGAUCCAAGCCCACGAUCAUUUUGAAUUCGUCCCAGAGACCUUGUUCCUCGCUGUCAAUUACAUAGAUCGAUUUCUCACCGCCCAGGCCAUCCGAGCCGUUGACAUGCCUCUCGUUGGUGCAGUGGCGCUCCUCAUCGCCGCCAAAAUGGAAGAGACAGUGUAUCCAAGCCUUGAUCACUUUGCCACGUGCACUUGCUCAGAUAUCAGCGAGGCCGAUAUUGUGCAAGGAGAGAAAAUCAUGCUGCAGCGCCUCAGCUAUGAGCUCGGCUCACCCAGUCCAAGCGAAUACAUCGAGUGGACCCAAGACGGGGCAUCUGUUGACCGAGAUACCAGUCUGCUCACUUCAUACUUUGUAGAGGCCGCCAUCAUGAACCAUCUGUUUAUUGGCUGUCCUUCGAGUUUCCUGGCUGCUGCCUCUCUUAACCUCUCUCUCAUCGUUUUGGAGAAAGGAGACUGGACAGAGGAUCUGGUUUCUUCCUACGGCUUUGGCACAGCUGUUCUCACGGUUCCUAGCUUUGAUAUUUGGGCUUCGUGCCGCCAUGCUCUCACCCGCCAUCCCGCCGUGUACAAAAAGUACAGCAGCAAGACCUUUGAUGCAGUUGCGAUCAAGGUGCAAGGUAUUGUGCAACAGGAGAAGGUCAAUACGCCUGUUGAUUUGUUGCCCACGCAGAACCUAGAGCGGCAGGCGUUUUGGGCAUGA